UUUGUCACUUCAUCGCUGACUACUGCUCACUACCACAUACCUACUGGAACUGACUCUUACCCUUCCUUACCUGUACUCUUCUUGUGCUAUUCUUCCCAUCACUACUACUCCUGUCAUUGUUGUUUCGUUCACCAUUGGGCGUCGCCUAUCAUUCAGUGACGUACGGCACCAUCGAAUCUGUUCUGUUCCAUCUCUCUCCCUGGACGUCGUGUCAGAUCUGAUCCGCUUUUGUUUCUCACUACCUACCUGUAGGUACCUACUUACUUUACCUACCUGACCUACCUACCGACUCUACCUAUCUACCUCUCCACUGUACACUCACUGGUCGCCCCCCAUCGCUCUGCACAUACGCACACAUACACCAUGCGGAUACGACGCGCCUCACCUGUUCUCCUCCUCCUCGCUCCUUCCCUGCUCGCAGCGCAGAAUGUGAUGCCGAAAGAGGGCACGGAGGUGCUGUCCAACGACGAGAUCCUGGCAUUGAACCGAGUCAAAGGCGCAGAGCCCGUGCGAAAGGCGGCCGCCGAUGCUGCAGCGGUAGAUGCACCCAACUCGAAGGCAACGCGCAUUUACAAGGGUACGGAGGCUGCGCCAGUGGAUGGACUAGAUGGCAAACCACACGCCGGUCCCUUCGUGGAUCGUCCAGCAGAAGCAAAGGGCGAUGCUGCUGCCGCUGCCGUCAAGGCAAAGCCAACAUCUCUCAGCAACUUUGCAGGCCAGGACAUUCCGGAGAAGAACGAUGGGGUCAUGAACGACGACACUCGCAUGCCGCCCAAGAAGGGCACCACAGGCACCGAGGGCGGCAUCAGCACCAAGGAUAAGGCGCGCAAAGAUGGCGAUACUGUUGCAGAAAAGACUCCCCAGACGCCCCAGAAGGCACCGACGCUGCCCCAUAGCGAAGAGGAAGUCAUGAGGAGCAGUGACAAGUCAAAGGCAUCAGACAAGUCCUCAAGCGAAGAGAGCACGGAUGCCAUCACGGGUGACAAGGUCACUACGGCGAAGAAGGGCGGAGACUAUGGCGAAGCAGGAUAUGGUUUGGAGAAGCCUACAAAUCUGCCACCCAAACCGCACAAUAUUCCACACCCGGAAGCGAAAGUGCCGACCACAGGCACGAGCGACGAUGAAUUUGGCCCACCCGUCAAUCCAUCGGGAGGACGAGACAAGUGGCUGGUGGACACAAUGCCUGAUACCGAAGGCAAGACGAACCUCAAGCCCGCGAAGCCCGCGACUGGCAGCAGUGGCUCCUCCGCACCUGUCCCGCCGUCCACCAUCACCAAAUCCACUGCAGAUAUGGAAUGGCACGAGUGGUUCCAUUCUUUCGUGCUCUCCUUCACCAUGAUCAUCUUCUCCGAGAUUGGCGACAAGACGUUCCUGGUUGCCGCCCUGAUGGCCAUGCGCCAUCCUCGACUUCUCGUCUUCAGCGCUGCAAUCUCUGCUCUCAUCGCCAUGACGGUCCUGUCAGCCGUGCUCGGACACGCGUUUCCCGCUCUCCUCCCAAAGACGUACACCACAUUCGCCGCAGCCAUUCUGUUCUUCGUUUUUGGCGCAAAGAGUCUGCGAGAAGGAUUGGCGAUGGAUAAGGAUGCUGGCAUUGGAGAAGAGAUGCGUGAAGUCGAGGCGGAGCUCGAAGAAAAAGAGCAUAGCAUGAGACACCGGAAAAACAGCAAGAGUGAUCGCAGUCUAUCGGCAUAUGAGCUCGAAGCGGGACGGGGGAGAAACAAGGGCGAGCUCUCGCCCCCACUAUCGCGAAGUCCUUCGCCACCGAGGAGCAGAGGCGGAGCAGGUUUGGAGAAUCUGCUCAGUCUCGUGCUCAGUCCAGCGUGGGUGCAGACAUUCAUCAUGACCUUCCUCGGCGAAUGGGGAGACAGGAGUCAAAUCGCCACCAUAGCCAUGGCGGCCGGACAAGACUACUGGCUGGUGACGCUCGGUGCAAUUGCGGGCCAUGCGUGCUGCACUGGCAUGGCAGUCAUUGGAGGUCGAGCCCUGGCUGGACGAGUCUCCAUGCGAGUCGUCACCAUCGGAGGCGCCCUUGCUUUCCUCGUCUUUGGCUGCAUAUAUCUGUACGAGUGCCUGGUCGGAUGAAGCAGCAGCAUCAAUUUCCAUCAUAGCCUCUCUAGGCACGUUUCCUUACAAGUCAAUCCACGGAUUAGCGACUGGCGCAAUGGCGGGGAGGGAAAAGGCGGCGGGCGGAUCAGUGCGAGAGUAAUUUGGGAGCGAGGACUGUAAUCUAUGCUCAAGGCGAAGGAAGGACAACGAUAACAAGAAGAAGAACAUACCAAACAGGUACCCAACAACAGCGAUUGGCUGAAUCAACAAAGAGAAGGCUGUGUCUGAGUAGAUGAUAACCAUAUGGAGUAGGACGGGACGUCUGUUCUUUUCUUUUCUAUUUUGCAUAGCGGAUCUAGGCAAGAGACGGAAAAGCGUCGAAAAAAUUCCUUGUGAAGAAAUACUCCAUCAAACGUCCUUUCGCCUACUGUCAUUACUACUUACUACCUUACCACAUACACCAAAUACUUACCAGUGUUAUGUAUAUGCUGUACAAU